AUGCUCUUCUUCCCUCCGUGCACGCGUGGCUUGAUGACACUCUUGUACACCGACCUUUCUCUAUCCUUGCUACCGACCCUCUAUCUCGCCACACGCCCACCCAUAUCACCCAUACCAUCCGCUGUAGAGGAGCCCCUGUACGCAGUAACAAUUGACGAAUUAAACGCACAGAAAGCACUCUAUGACGAUGCAGAACAUCGCGCCCACGAGCUUAAGAAAGAACUCGACCACAAAGAAACUCUCCUUAAAAAGCUCGACGACCUUCUACUAGAAGCGCAAAGUCACAGCAAUGACCUCGCUCAACAACUUCAAGAUGCAACCAAGGAGAUCGCAACACAACAACAGGAACUCGCCGUGUUCCGCCAGAGGCGUCACGAUGCUAAAGUUGCUAGAGAAAUGGAGCCGCAUCUGACAGCCGCAGACGGGGUUUCACCAUCCAGUAAUUUAGCACUAGACCGCACCCGCAAAGCACUGCACAUCUGCUCUACCACCGACCCGGUCGACCCUGCCAUCAUCGCUAAAGAGCCACUGUACGCCGUAACGAUCAAAGAGUACAACGAUCUACACGACGCGCUACACAGAGAACAGGAAGAGUCUGACAGACAGAGGGCUGAGAAUCGCAAGCUAUUCGGCGAUAACGAGAAGCUUGCUGAGGAGCUCGAGAGCCUGCAGGAGGAAGCCGAGAGGCUGGCCAGUGAACUCGAGAAGGCGCAGGAGGAGGCCGAGAGGCUGGCCGGUGAGCUCGAGAAGGCGCAGGCGGAUGCCGAGGCGCAGAGGGCCGAGAAUGGCAAGCUGUGCGGCGACAACGAGAGGCUGGUGGAGGAGCUCGAGAGCCUGCAGGAGGAAGCCGAGAGGCUGGCCAGUGAACUCGAGAAGGCGCAGGAGGAGGCCGAGAGGCUGGCCGGUGAGCUCGAGAAGGCGCAGGCGAAUGCCGAGGCGCAGAGGGCCGAGAAUGGCAAGCUCUGCGGCGACAACGAGAGGCUGGUGGAGGAGCUCGAGAGCCUGCAGGAGGAAGCCGAGAGGCUGGCCAGUGAACUCGAGAAGGCGCAGGAGGAGGCCGAGAGGCUGGCCGGUGAGCUCGAGAAGGCGCAGGCGGAUGCCGAGGCGCAGAGGGCCGAGAAUGGCAAGCUGUGCGGCGACAACGAGAGGCUGGUGGAGGAGCUCGAGAGCCUGCAGGAGGAAGCCGAGAGGCUGGCCAGUGAACUCGAGAAGGCGCAGGAGGAGGCCGAGAGGCUGGCCGGUGAGCUCGAGAAGGCGCAGGCGAAUGCCGAGGCGCAGAGGGCCGAGAAUGGCAAGCUGUGCGGCGACAACGAGAGGCUUGCUGAGGAGCUCGAGAGCCUGCAGGAGGAAGCCGAGAGGCUGGCCGGUGAGCUCGAGAAGGCGCAGGAGGAGGCCGAGAGGCUGGCCGGUGAGCUCGAGAAGGCGCAGGCGAAUGCCGAGGCGCAGAGGGCCGAGAAUGGCAAGCUCUGCGGCGACAACGAGAGGCUGGUGGAGGAGCUCGAGAGACUGCAGGAGGAAGCCGAGAGGCUGGCCGGUGAGCUCGAGAAGGCGCAGGAGGAGGCCGAGAGGCUGGCCGGUGAGCUCGAGAAGGCGCAGGCGGAUGCCGAGGCGCAGAGGGCCGAGAAUGGCAAGCUGUGCGGCGACAACGAGAGGCUUGCCGAGGAGCUCGAGAGACUGCAGGAGGAAGCCGAGAGGCUGGCCGGUGAACUCGAGAAGGCGCAGGCGGAUGCCGAGGCGCUGAGGGCCGAGAAUGGCAAGCUCUGCGGCGACAACGAGAGGCUGGUGGAGGAGCUCGAGAGCCUGCAGGAGGAAGCCGAGAGGCUGGCCGGUGAGCUCGAGAAGGCGCAGGAGGAGGCCGAGAGGCUGGCCGGUGAGCUCGAGAAGGCGCAGGCGGAUGCCGAGGCGCAGAGGGCCGAGAAUGGCAAGCUGUGCGGCGACAACGAGAGGCUUGCUGAGGAGCUCGAGAGACUGCAGGAGGAAGCCGAGAGGCUGGCCGGUGAACUCGAGAAGGCGCAGGCGGAUGCCGAGGCGCAGAGGGCCGAGAAUGGCAAGCUCUGCGGCGACAACGAGAGGCUGGUGGAGGAGCUCGAGAGCCUGCAGGAGGAAGCCGAGAGGCUGGCCGGUGAGCUCGAGAAGGCGCAGGAGGAGGCCGAGAGGCUGGCCGGUGAGCUCGAGAAGGCGCAGGCGGAUGCCGAGGCGCAGAGGGCCGAGAAUGGCAAGCUCUGCGGCGACAACGAAAGGCUGGUGGAGGAGCUCGAGAGCCUGCAGGAGGAAGCCGAGAGGCUGGCCGGUGAGCUCGAGAAGGCGCAGGAGGAGGCCGAGAGGCUGGCCGGUGAGCUCGAGAAGGCGCAGGCGGAUGCCGAGGCGCAGAGGGCCGAGAAUGGCAAGCUGUGCGGCGACAACGAGAGGCUUGCCGAGGAGCUCGAGAGCCUGCAGGAGGAAGCCGAGAGGCUGGCCGGUGAGCUCGAGAAGGCGCAGGCGGAUGCCGAGGCGCAGAGGGCCGAGAAUGGCAAGCUGUGCGGCGACAACGAGAGGCUUGCCGAGGAGCUCGAGAGCCUGCAGGAGGAAGCCGAGAGGCUGGCCGGUGAACUCGAGAAGGCGCAGGAGGAGGCCGAGGCGCAGAGGGCCGAGAAUGGCAAGCUGUGCGGCGACAACGAGAGGCUUGCCGAGGAGCUCGAGAGCCUGCAGGAGGAGGCCGAGAGGCUGGCCGGUGAACUCGAGAAGGCGCAGAAGGAUGUGGAGAAGCUUGCUAGUGCUAAUCAGAUCAUGGUAGUGGAAAUGGAAAAGGCUGUUGCGAGAUAUGCGUCAGCGGAAGAAGCGGUGAAUGAACUGAUUAGUGAGCGGUCUCAGCUGGUUGCGGAGCUUGAAAAAGUGCGUGUUGAAGCGUAUGAGGUGUUGUGUGAACGUGAAAAGGAUGGAUGUGCGGUGGAAUCCGAAUUUUUGGAUGUGCUUAUGGAGCUUACGAAGCUUAAAGGGAUUAAUGAUGCCCUUCAUGCAGUGCUGAUGGAUACAGAAUCGGAAGUAAUGGAGCUGCGGGAUCAUCAGAAGUUUUGGGACGAUACAUCAGGCAACACCAUGCAAGAGCUGCCCAGUCAUACAUAA